AUGGCAACGAACCUUUUCAAAUGCAGUACUGGCAUCGGCGUCCGCCUGCUAUUCCCCUUUUCCCAUUCUGAGCUUCCUCUUAAUUUCCAUCAAAUUAAUUCUGCCAUUAAGGGUAACUAUCAUCAUCUUCGUCUUCACAACAAAAAACCCAAACUACCUUCUGCAAGAAGUCUGCUCUGGCACUCAUCUUCUUCCUUUUGCACCGCCGCCUCGGCCACCGAUGCUUCUGCCACAGGUGCUUCUGGGGCAGUGAGCGAUGCUUCUAUUGAUGAGGCGGUGCCGCCGGUGAGCGACGUCGAGGACCAAAAACGGAAGAUAAGGGAUGCAGCCGACGUGCUCGACAUAAGGGUUGGCCGAGUUCUCAAGGCAUGGAGGCAUGAGGAGGCUGAUUCUCUUUAUGUCGAAGAGGUCGACAUCGGCGAGCCUGAACCCAGAACCAUCUGCAGUGGCCUUGUCAAAUAUGUUCCUCUUGAUCACCUUCAGGAUAGAAAUGUAGUUGUGCUUGCUAAUCUGAAGCCCAGGAACAUGCGUGGUGUUAAGUCUAGUGGAAUGCUUUUGGCAGCUUCUGAUGCUUCCCAUGAGAAUGUUGAGCUUCUUGUGCCUCCUGAGGGUUCACUACCGGGCCAAAGAGUAUGGUUUGGAUCUGAAGAUGAUCAUCAAAAUCAGCCUCCUCCUGCCACAGCUAACCAGGUACUCCCCGUGUCCAAUUCUCAAAUGCUGAAUUUAUCAUUUCCAAGCUGCAAAAAUGCUAAUAUCAUUCAAAAGCUAGUCACCCUUCAUGAAAAAUUCAAAUCAAUGUUUGAGCUCAAGCAAAUACAUGCUCUGCUCCUCACUUGUGGCCUCUCCCAAGAACAGUCUUUGACGUCCAAAAUCCUUUCUUUCUCGGCGCUGUCCGAUUUGGGUAACAUCGACUACUCAUAUCGGGUUUUGUCACAACUCCCCAACCCAACAAUUUUUGACUGGAACACCGUUAUUAGAGGUUACUCCAAGAGCAAAAACCCAAACCGUUCCAUAUCUGUCUUUGUCAAAAUGUUGCGUGAUGGGGUCUCACCAGACUACUUAACGUACCCUUUUCUUGCAAAGGCAUCAGCCCGCUUAUUGAAGCGAGAACUUGGUGUGGCUGUGCAUGCCCACAUUGCUAAAAAUGGUUUUGAGUUUGAUAGGUUCAUAAGUAAUUCCUUGAUUCAUAUGUACGCUGCCUGUGGGGAUAUCACAUAUGCACGUAAGGUGUUCGAUGGAAUUUUUGUGAAAAACUCAGUUUCUUGGAAUUCCAUGUUGGAUGGGUAUGCAAAGUGUGGAGAUGUGAUUUCAGCACGAGAAGUGUUUGAUUUGAUGCCAAAGCGUGAUGUUGUGUCAUGGAGUUCUUUGAUUGAUGGGUAUGUUAAGGCUGGGGACUAUAGGGAGGCCUUGGUAGUAUUUGAUAGAAUGCGGGUUGUGGGGCCUAAAGCAAAUGAGGUGACUAUGGUGAGUGUUUUGUGUGCAUGUACACACUUAGGCGCUCUUGAGGAAGGGAAGGUCAUGCAUCGCUAUAUGGUUGAUAAUAAGUUGCCGUUAACUUUGGUGUUGCAAACAUCGCUUGUGGACAUGUAUGCAAAAUGUGGGGCGAUAGAGGAUGCUUUAGGUGUGUUUCGUGGGGGUUCGCUGCACCGAUCUGAUGUGUUGAUGUGGAAUGCAAUGAUUGGAGGACUUGCAAUACAUGGAUUAGUUCAACAGGCACUUGAAAUUUUUUCGGAAAUGCAAAUAAUUGGGAUUGUCCCAGAUGAGAUAACGUACUUGUGCUUGUUGAGUGCUUGUGCCCAUGGGGGAUUAGUAAAGGAAGCAUGGCAUUUCUUUGAAUGUCUUGGUAAACAUGGUAUGAAACCCAAGUGCGAGCACUAUGCUUGCAUGGUGGAUGUUUUAGCACGUGGAGGCCAGGUAACAGAGGCACACCAAUUUAUUUGUCAAAUGCCCAGGGAGCCAACAGCUUCAAUGCUAGGUGCUUUACUUAGUGGGUGUGUGAACCAUGGAAAAUUAGAUCUUGCAGAAAUUGUUGGAAGGAAGCUUAUAGAGAUAGAGCCAGGUCAUGAUGGUAGAUAUGUUGGUUUGUCAAAUGUUUAUGCUCUUUCCAAACGCUGGGAUGAUGCGAGAAGCCUGAGAGAAGCCAUGGAAAGGAGAGGGGUGAAGAAGUCCCCUGGGUUUAGUAUUGUGGAGAUAUUUGGAACCCUUCACAAAUUUAUAGCUCACGAUAAAUCAUAUCCUGAAUCGGAUGAAAUUUAUAUGACGCUGAGUUCUAUUGUGAAUGAAAUUAAGUUUGAUAUGGAUUAUAGAAAUCAAGAUUAUUUGUUGUAUGCAAUGGAAAAUUUCUAG